GUUAUUUAGAUACACUUCCGGUCUCAACGUCAACUCCCCCCUCAAGGGCCCCAGUUUGCUCUGCAAUAUCUGUGUAUGUGUGUAUUUAUCAACAAAAAUGAGAUGAGAAAGACACAACGAUCAUGAUUAAGGCUAUUCUUGUUUUUAACAACCACGGGAAGCCUAGGCUUUCAAAGUUCUACCAAUAUUUCCCAGAAGAUCUCCAGCAACAAAUCAUUAGAGAGACUUUUCAUCUGGUAUCCAAGCGGGAUGACAAUGUGUGCAAUUUCCUGGAAGGAGGAACGUUGAUAGGAGGUUCCGAUUAUAAAAUCAUCUACCGCCAUUAUGCUACUCUGUUCUUUGUGUUCUGUGUGGAUUCAUCUGAGAGUGAACUCGGAAUUCUUGAUUUAAUACAGGUGUUUGUUGAAACGCUGGACAAAUGCUUUGAGAAUGUUUGUGAGUUGGAUCUCAUUUUUCAUGUGGACAAGGUCCAUAAUAUUCUCUCGGAGUUAGUGAUGGGAGGAAUGGUUUUAGAGACCAAUAUGUCAGAAAUUCUCACCAGAAUUGAGGAACAGAGCAAGCUAGAAAAAUCAGAGGGAUUUGGACCCUGGAAUCUAAAGUCAAAAGGAUUAUUGUGAAGCUGGAAUCAUUGCGGCCCCAGCUCGAGCCGUUUCCGCCGUCAAAGACAUGAACCUACCCCAGAAAAUCAAGGACAUGAAACUGCCGGACCUUCCCAACAUUCUAAAGAGCUAACUCCAUUUGUUUGACAAACAAAAUAAUAUUGUCAUCAUUAAUUGUGUUUCACGUGUAUGCAUGGUUGUCAUAUGUACAUUUGUAAACCCAUACAAGAUCUUUGACCAAUUCUAUUAUUACAUGAGGGAAAAGAUAUUUAAAUUUUUUUUAAGGAGAAUGAGGAUUAAACUAUAAUUUGUGUCCUUCAUUGAUAUAAAGUAGGGGUUAUACACACGCUGCAUUUCUAAUUUGUUCAAAAUCUUUUUUUUAAAAGAGUGGGGGGGGGGGGAUAAAGAAUGUUAUGGAUGCAGCAUAUGAUAAAAACUCAAUGUUGCUAUGAAUGGGAAGUGAAAUUACAUGUAUAUGUUGUACUUUGAGAACAAAUUAACUUUUAAUAAAUGUUUAAAAUAU